CAUUUCAAAUUUUAAUGUAAAGUUAAACAUCUCUAUUGUGGACCCAGACAUCCCACAUGGAUGAAUUGAGGAAUGAAGAUCUAUUUUAGUCACAAUUAUACACCUAUAUUUUGACUUAAAUCUAAUAAGCUUUAGCUGUACAUGUAAUUUAGCACUAUUCCACUCAGGCACAUUACACAGAAGUACUCUUUUGUGAGGCUUCAAUAUAAUGUUUCCAUCAUUUGAGGCAAUAUGUUAGAUCUCAAGGAAGUCUUUUCUUUCCUAUUGUUAGCCCAUUCAAACACAGCAGAGUUACAGUGCAACACAAAUGUAUUCGCCGGAGGGACAGGACUUGGUGCAACGACCUCAUGGUGGGUUCUCCACAGCCAUCAGCCCCACUGCCAUGGCAACAUCUGAGAGUUUCUGAAAGCUUUGAACAGCAAACACCCCUUCAAAGCUUCGGUGCACUUCAGUCCCGGACAGCUCCCGUGUGUUUCCCACGCGCCGCCCCCCUCCGGCAGACUGAAAGGAGCAACCACACACGAGCAAGCGACACUGAAGUGGCCAAUUCCGCCUUCAUUGGGAGGGACAGUGGCUUCGGGAACAUUUUGGUGUGCUGCUAGUCAUCACAGAGCUCUCACGUGGAUCCGAGGAAGAGGAUGGCAGCACCAUUACGGUGUGUUGGUGGAUUAUGGACAAUAGUGAGAUGAAUCAAGGAACGAAGGAUGUGGGAAGAUCGUGGGGACUGAACAAGGAACGCGUUUGUUUUCACCUGUGAGGUGGAUAUGAUUCACGACACAAUGCACUUUUCACUGCGUGUAGUGGUUUUUAUGGUCAUGUCUGUCACACUUCGCCAACUGUUCGAAGAUCCUUGACCGCGCUUGUGAACCGGAACCAUGGCUUUGGUGUAUACCCUACUGCUACAGACAGCAGUUGUUUGGGCUUCAAAUUACGGGUACGUGGAGUGGUCAGACAGUGACAGAGACGAGAAAAAUCCUCCGGUCUUCAGCACCCAAAACAUUUACCGGGAGUCGCUCCAUAACCCCACGUUCGACGCGCAUGUUCCAGCCACUGAGCGCGCGGUAGUGGCGCACAAGAUCGAGGAGGACUUGCCCCGAGUGGUGACUGCCUUCCUGCACACGGGGGACUCUUCGGCGCUCAGGCAGGUAAACUGUUCACGGAGGUAUGAGCUCAGCAGCCUGAGAGGCGGCCUGCACGUGGCUUCGCACUAUUCCCUACACAGCAUCUUGGAUACAGUUGCGCACGCCACUAACUUCCUAAACAUGAUCCUCCAAACGAACAGGUCCCGGGAGCAAAGUGUGCGUCGGGACAUCCACUGGUAUCACGCUCUGGUGCAGAGCAUCUUGGAAGGGGAUCCUAAAAUUCACAGGGCAGUAGUUACUUUUCACUCUGACGCACACACAUCUGGCCCUCACGUUUUUCUUCAGGCGACAAGAACCGAGAAGGAUGUGGUGCUACAAGACCUUUCUGCGUCCGCGCACAGGCGUCUCAGGAGCAGGGGGCCCGAGUCAGACUGGUUUAAUGACAUCAGAGACGGGAGACCCCUCACACACAGGAAAGUACAGGAUGUGUCAGCUUCUAAAGGUGAAAGUUACCUCCUGGAUAAGAACCAGAUCAAAUGGUCUGCCCCUUACUUGGAGUGUGAGCACGGGGUCUUUGUGCCCUACUGGCUUCUCACUCUGUCUGCAGGCUUCUACGGACUCAAGAAUAACUCUGCUCCCGAGUUCAGGGGUGUUGUGCGUGUGGAUGUGAACUUACAGGAUGUGGACAUUGACCAGUGCUCAAACAGCGGCUGGUUCGCUGGCACUCACCGCUGUAACCUCACCAGCAUGGAGUGCACCCCCAUCGAGGGCCACGGCUUUGUGUUGGACAAGUACAAGUGCCAGUGUCGCCGCGGGUUCUACCAUCCCAGUCGAGUGGCUCUCAAUGGAUACAGAAGUAAAGACAGAGAGGACCCAUCGGAGGGCUCCACCAGGUGCCUGCCAUGUCGAGAGGGAUGCCCCUUCUGUCAGGACGAUACCCCGUGUGUGGUGCAGGAGGACGGCGCGCUCAGGCUCUCUGUGGCCACUCUGCAGGGGCUCUGCAUGCUGCUGGACCUGGCUUGCAUGGUGGCCCUGUAUCACCUCCGCAGAAAUAAGAGCAUCCGCACAUCUGGACUGAUUCUGCUGGAGGCCAUCUUAUUUGGGGCUCUGCUGCUCUACUUUCCAGUGAUGAUCCUGUUCUUCAACCCCAGUGUGUUUCGCUGUAUCCUCCUGCGCUGGGUUCGUCUGCUGGGGUUUGCCAUUAUGUACGGCACCAUUGUUCUCAAACUCUACAGGGUGUUGAAGGUGUUCCUGUCCCGCACGGCCCAGAGGACGCCCUACAUGACGAGCUGGCGGGUGCUGCGUCUUCUCCUGGUCAUCCUGUUGGUGGUGCUGUGGUUCCUCGUAGCCUGGACCUCGGCCGUGUGUCAGAAACCGGAUCUGAACCAAGUCCUGAUCAGUGCCGGCCUCACCGUGGAUGGGCUCCAGUUCAGUAUGUGUCUGCUGGACCGCUGGGACUACAUGAUGGCUGUUGCUGAGUUCCUGUUCCUGCUUUGGGGCGUGUACCUGUGCUAUGCCGUUCGGACCGUGCCCUCAGCAUUCCACGAGCCUCGCUACAUUGCUGUGGCCAUCUACAAUGAGCUUGUGGUGUCGGCCAUCUUUCAAAUCCUCAGAUUUUCCCUGGUCCCAGGACUCCAUCCUGACUGGAUGUUCAUGUUGUUCUUCGCUCACACUCAUCUGAGUGUCACUGUCAGUCUGUGUUUACUGCUUGUCCCAAAGUUUUUGUCCAAAGGGACUCAGGCCAGGGAUGACAUUGCCACAGAGGCAUAUGAGGAGGAGCUGGACAUGGGACGCUCCGGCUCCUAUUUAAACAACAGCAUUACCUCAGCCUGGAGUGAGCACAGUCUGGACCCCGAGGACAUACGGGAUGAGCUGAAGAAGCUGUAUGCCCAGCUUGAGAUCCAUAAGCGAAAGAAGAUGCUUGCCAAUAACCCUCACCUCCAGAAAAAACGCAACUCCAAGAAGGGCCUGGGCCGCACCCUGAUGAAGCGCAUCACAGAGAUCCCAGAAACUAUGCACCUGCACCGACAGGGCAGCCGCGAGGAGGGCAGCGAGCACGGGAGCAACCGCAGCACCCUCAGGAGGGGGGCUUUUGACCACCCAGGGCACCAUGGUAAAUCUCGAGACGACUCUCUAAGGAACAAAGUCAUGGCUUUAAAGAAGUCCCUGAGCUAUGACCAUGUCUGUGACCAGGAGGGGGCCGCUCCCAGCCCCAGUGGCUCAGCUGGAGGAGAGAAAAUGACCCCUGUGGGAGGGGGCGAGGGAUCGUUUUUGGGCUCACUAAUUGGUCGAAGACACACCAAGAAACCAAUGGACUCACCUGUGACCACCCAGACCCUUCAGCCUGCCGAAUCCACAGAGUCUGUCCCACUCUUUUGGAAAUCUGCCAGUGCCCACAACCUGACGCACGAGAAGAAACCAGUCCACCUGCGCACCACCAUCAUGCAGAAGUCUCUGAGUGUCAUUUCCAGCGCCAAAGAGAAGAUGCCCAGUCUAGCCAACAAGAGUGUGGAGGACGCCAAUAAGAGGGGUCCGAAAGGGAAUGAGGGGAGUACCCUAGCAGAGGUGGAUGAGACCCCAGAACAAUAUCCAAAGAUGAUUGUGAGCCAGUCUGUGGAGUACUCCAAAACACCACUCAAGAUGGGCAUCAUGAAACAGCAGGUGAGUGGCAGCCAGCCCUCCAUCUGUUCUGAGACUGGGAGGAGCCUGUACGAUGUUUCAGAGGUGUGUCCUUGGGAGAUGGAGGAGAGUCAGACCCCCACAUCUGAAGUCAAACCUCAAAAACAUGUCUCCAUCGCACCAGGAGAAACCACAGCUUGUGGUCGCCGUGGCAGCAGUUCUGGGACCACCAAAGGUGUGCGCUCGCAGCCAAGACACAAAACUGGACAAUCACCGGGCAAUAGACGAAGAAGCAGGGAUAAAGGAGCAGAAAAAGACGAAAUGAGGGAGUCACGAAAAUCCAGACCACAAAAAUCUCCUCUGCCUUUAAAACCAGAUGUAUGUCCAUGGGAAUUUGAGGAGCAGCCAAUCAUGGGACCUGAGACCAUUUCUCCAGACCGAAUGCGACGAAAGAAAAGUGUCACACCCACCGAUGGCAAACCCAAAACUCUACAUUCGGACCACUCCAAGUCCACAGGGAGUCUGCUGCAGCCUCCAUCACUCAUGGUGGAGAUUUGCCCGUGGGAUUAUUCCAGCCCCCCAUCUCCCAAACAGGAGCGAGGGUGCAACAGUCCCAGCACACACAAGAAGAAGAGGAAAGGCUCAUGCUCAUCCAAUCACAAAGCAGAGAAAGAAAAGGGACGGGAGAAGAGCAGGGAGAGACGCAGCUCCUCCAGUAAGCCAUCUUCAGAGAGGAGGAGGGUGAGCCAGUCCUCGGAUUGUCCUGGGGUAGUGGGGUCAGAGAGGCGGAGGAGCUCGUCCAGGGACCCUGAGGUGGUGUACCGGGACAGUGAAGCACCUCGCAGCAGUCUCUUACAGACUAAACCCUCCGGAGAGAGGAAGAGAGCUGCUGUCAUCAGUGCACCCAACAUGGCUGACGUCUGCCCCUGGGACUUUCCCAAUCCAGACUCUGGAGGGAAGGUGUGA